CUCUGAUCUACUACACAACUUCUCUCGGCACAUCACUUUCACAACAUUCAACACGUGUUUCAUAAGAUCGUGCAAUAUACAUCGACACCCUAAUAAAAAGAUAAUAUAUUUGUCAACAAGUUACUUUGACGGAUUGUGGCUGAGGACAAAUGUCUAGAGCCAUUUUGAGAAAUGUCUUGAAGAACAUAUUUCAACAGACAAGAUUUCAUCCAUCACUUAAGCAGCCUGUGAAAUAUUUGUGCUCCAGUGUAGACAGGAAGUGGAAGGGUCACCUGACUACCAUGAAGUUGGAGACACCAAAGUUUCAUCAUUUGUUUACACCAGAACUGAAGGUGUUGAUUGAUGUUUUUGAGAGAAACAAUUAUGAGUUGAGAAUUGCAGGUGGUGCAGUGCGGGAUCUACUUUUGGAUAUUUUACCGUCUGAUGUUGAUUUUGCCACCACAGCUACUCCUGAUCAGAUGAUACAAAUGUUCACAAAAGAGCGCAUACGUAUGUUUAAUGAAAGGGGAGUUAAGCAUGGCACAAUCAGCGUUCGCAUCAAUGACAAGGAGAACUUUGAGGUGACCACUCUGCGUAUUGACGUGGUGACAGAUGGACGCCGGGCAGAAGUGGAAUUCACAAAAGACUGGCUUAUUGAUGCCAAUCGUAGAGACCUUACUAUCAACGCCAUGUUUCUUGGGUUUGACGGUACAGUCCACGACUACUUUAGCGGUGUCCAGGAUCUUCAGGAGAGGAGAGUUCAGUUUGUUGGGGAUCCCAUACAGAGGAUACAAGAAGACUAUCUCCGGAUUCUCCGCUAUUUUAGAUUCUAUGGGAGAAUAUCAGAACGACCUGACAACCACUUAACAGAAACACUGAAAGCCAUUGCUGAAAAUGUUGGAGGUUUGGAACGUAUAUCUGGAGAAAGGAUUUGGAUGGAGCUAAAGAAGAUACUAUGUAAUAACCAUGCAGCAGAUAUAAUUCCUGUCAUGUAUGAUGUUGGUAUGCCAAGCUACUUAGGCCUGCCAUCCUCUGCUGAUCUUGACCACUAUAGACAGGUCUGUCGUAACACGGAAGGGCUGCAGCCAAACCCUGUCACGCGAAUGUCUGCACUGUUUAAAAGCGAACAAGAGGUGUAUGUUAUGAAUGAGAGACUGAAGGUAUCUGCAGAUGAAUUUCGUCAGGCAUUGUUCAUCAUUGAGAGUCGUCACCUGCCAGAUAAAGGAAACCCUAUAAAGUUCUACAAAGACUUGAUGUGUGAUACAGUAGGGCAGCGGAACAAGACAGUCGAGAGGAUAAUUGAGCUGAUGAAGUACAAAAAUGAGGGGGAACUUUGUGGGAACCCAUCCCUUUGGACCCCGCCUCCUUUUCCAGUCGGUGGAGCGGACUUGAUGAAAUGCAAUAUAAAAAAGGGACCACACAUGCAACUUAUGUUAAAAGAACUAAGAAAUGUAUGGAAAGAAAGUGACUUUAAAAUGGAGAAGUCAGAACUGUUGGAAAGAAUAGAUGACAUUUUACCCACACUUCCAGAACUUCCAUCAAAAAAGAAGUGAUAAUAGAAUUAUUGUAAAAUUUGGUGACAAACACAUACACAGAUGACCAGGACCAUGUGUGGCAUGUCUACAAAGUCAUUCUGAUAAUUCCAAACAUAUUAUUCUAUGUCUUUUUGUCUCCCUGACAAAAAAAUUUGCGGAAACAUUAAAAAGGCAUGAAGAUCUUGUUAAUCAUGGCUCUUACAGUGUACACUCCUGAAUCUGACAGUCAAGUAAAGAGAAGGCCGCAGUCAAAACACUUUGAUUUCAAGAUGCUUUAAUAUCAGAGACAAUAUUGAUUUCAUUAUAUUGAAAAAAUUAUAAUUUUUUAUUGAUGAAAAUGAAAGUGUCAAAACGUAAAAUGUUUUGUUUUGUUCAAUAUGGAAUGGUUUUAACCCUUUAACCACUGUAGACCAUAAUGGGCUCAUCCAUAUCAAUGUAUGGUAGAAUCUACCAAAGUUACGUAGGGGUGAAAGGGUUAAAAUGGAUUAAUUGACACAAAAUAUUUAAAUAACUACAGUUCAUCAUCAGUAAUCUAGCUAGCCACCAGGAAUAUAGGUGUGUUGCUAUCCAACUAGUGUUUUACUGGACAGAUUUCCCUUGUUUUCUAUACCAAAUUGUCCCAGUAAUUCAGAUUUCUAACAACCCUGCCACAUAUUUGCUGUGAACUGAGAUGGCCUCGUUAUUAAUGCUCCACUAUAUACAGAAACACCAGGAUUAAUUACUGAAUAUUGGGGAAUUUUCUCUGCAGUUUAACUUUCACCUUUUUCAUCCUCCCAAAUAAGGGCAAUGUUAUCAUGACAGUUAAUAUUUGUACAUAACAUACAAUAUACAGUAAUUACAUGUUAAGAGCGAAAUUUACACUGGGCAAAGAUGGACUUUGCCAGCAAAUGGCGAAUCUUUGACUUGACGAAAGUUUCCCGGUACACAGUAUUCAUUGCAAGAUGUUCUUAACCCAUGCACCCUUGAAGUCACAUUUGAACCUUACCAAAUGAAAGAGUGGGCAUGGUCCAGUUAGAUAAGUAGGGGUGAAUGAGUUAAGGUUAGUGAAGAUAACAUUGUUCCUGUAUUAAUUAUGUUCUACAUAUGUUUAUGCUGGACUGAUAAUUUAUUCGGAUGAAGUUGACAGAAUGCAAGUGAUGCUAGUCACCAAAACAUUUCUAGUUGUUUUACUGAAAGUACAUGUACUGGAGUUCACGUGAGGAUGGAACGGUUCAAAAUGAAGUACCAGGUGCAUGAGUGGCAGUGUUUGUUUCAACAAGAUUGAACUUUACUCUUAAACGUGCAGCUUAAGGAUAACCUGUGAAUCAUAGUCUGUGGACAUAGAUUUACUCUUAGUUUUACUAGGAGUAAAUCAAGUGUAGGAUAGCAGAAUGGAGAGUUUCCAGUACAUAUGUUAUAUCUGAAUUAAAAUUGUUACACAUAAUUAUACAUAUACAUCAACAUUUUACUUAAUGUGCAUAAAUUUCAAAUAAAAACAGAUUCAGCUGAUGUCAUGUUUCCCUUUAUAUUGUCUCAGACAAUAUAGCACAGGGUAUUUAGAGAUGUGCACGAUCAAUUAAUGAAAAUUAGAUUAAAUGAGAAUUAGGUAAUACAUUUGUUCAAGUAUAUAAUUUAUGUGUCUGCAUAAAAUAAAUGCAUUUUA